AAAAUAAAAUAAUAAUAUACAUCUACAUGUAUAUAAAUCCACCACAUCGAUAUCGACAGAUCUGGAGCACUAACUAUCAUCAUCCAGCAUCAAACAUAAACAAUAUGCCCCGGCUGCAGUUUCUACUGCUGUUGGCCAUCGCACUGGCAGCGCUGCCAGCAGCCAAAGCGCAAUAUCAAUCGCCUCGCAUCAUCGAGCAUCCCACGGAUCUGGUGGUGAAGAAAAAUGAGCCUGCCACACUCAAUUGCAAGGUGGAGGGUAAACCGGAGCCGACCAUUGAAUGGUUUAAGGAUGGCGAACUGGUCAAUACAAAUGAGAAGAAAUCGCAUCGUGUGCUGUUCAAGGAUGGUGCUCUAUUCUUCUAUCGCACCAUGCAGAGCAAGAAGGAGCAGGACGGCGGCGAGUACUGGUGUGUGGCCAAAAACCACGUGGGCAAAGCAGUCAGUCGGCAUGCCUCGCUCCAAAUCGCUGUUUUGCGCGACGAUUUUCGCGUGGAGCCAAAAGAUACACGCGUGGCCAAAGGCGAGACGGCGCUGCUCGAGUGUGGGCCGCCCAAAGGCAUACCAGAGCCGACCAUUAUCUGGAUGAAGAAUGGUGUGCCACUGGAUGAUCUCAGCUCGAAGCCUUUUGGCACCAGUUCGCGUGUACGCAUUGUGGAUGGAGGCAAUCUGCUGAUCAGCAAUGUGGAACCAAUCGAUGAGGGCAACUAUAAGUGCAUUGCACAGAAUCUGUUGGGCUCACGCGAGUCCAGCUAUGCCAAACUGAUUGUCCAGAUCAAGCCUUACUUUAUGAAGGAGCCGAAGGAUCUGACAAUGGUCUAUGGUCAAACGGCUACGUUUCACUGCUCUGUUGGCGGGGAUCCGCCGCCAAAGGUGCUCUGGAAGAAGGAGGAGGGCAACAUACCCGUUUCACGUGCCCGCAUCCUGCACGACGAGAAGAGUCUCGAGCUGACCAACAUUACGCCCAACGAUGAGGGCACCUACGUCUGCGAGGCUCACAACAAUGUGGGUCAGAUUAGUGCUAGAGCCACCCUCACCGUGCACGCUCCACCCAAUUUCUCCAAGAAGCCAACUAACAAGAAAAUCGGACUCAAUGGCCAAGUGCAGCUGCCUUGCGUAGCCACUGGCAAUCCACCGCCAUCUGUUUUCUGGACCAAAGAGGGCGUCUCCACGCUCAUGUUUCCAAAUACCUCGCAUGGACGCCAGCAUAUCUCAGCCGAGGGUACGCUGCAGAUCAACGAUGUGCAGCAGGAGGACGAAGGCUUCUAUGUGUGCUCCGCUUUCAGUGUGGUCGACUCCUCCACCGUGCGCAUUUUUCUGCAGGUUAGCUCAGUCGAUGAACGCCCGCCACCCCUCAUACAAAUUGGACCAACAAAUCAAACACUGCCCAAAGGUUCGGUGGCCACGAUGCCAUGUCGUGCUACGGGAAACCCCACGCCACGGGUCAAAUGGUUUCACGAUGGUUAUGCUGUGCAAACGACCAGUCGCCACAGCAUCGUUCAGGGCAGCUCCCUCAGAGUUGAUGAUCUCCAAUUAAGCGAUUCUGGUCUAUAUACGUGCACAGCCUCCUCGGAACGGGGCGAAUCUUCGUGGUCAGCCGCCCUAAUGGUGGAGAAGAGCAGCUCGGCAACGCUUCAUCGCAUUGCAGAUCCCAGCACCUAUCCAGCACCACCCGGCACACCCAAAGUAAUCAAUGUGACUCGCACAAGUAUAUCACUACGCUGGGCUAAAAGUCAAGACAAGCCCGGAGCUGUUGGUCCAAUUAUUGGCUAUGCUGUGGAGUAUUUUAGUCCCGAUCUUCAGACGGGUUGGAUCGUGGCUGCUCAUCGAGUGCACGAUACUCAAGUAACAAUCUCAGACUUGACAUCUGCUACUUCGUAUGUUUUUCUGGUACGCGCAGAGAAUAUGCAAGGCGUUUCCGUGCCCUCGGGCUUAUCGAAUCCUAUUAAGACACUGGGCGAGGAUUUUGAUAUGCCACCAUCCAAUGAACUAUCAGCGGCUCGUACUCUGUUAACGGGCAAGGUUGUGGAAUUAAUAGAUGCCUCAGCUGUAAAUGCCAGCGCCGUACGCUUGGAUUGGAUGCUUCAUGUCAGCGAGAAUGAAAAAUUUGUUGAGGGUCUGCAUAUACGCUAUCGGGAUUACAGCUCCCAUUCAACGCUGUAUAAUGUCAUCACCGUGCUGGAUGCCUCCGUGGAAUCGCAUGUGGUUGGCAAUCUGCGCAAGUACACGAAAUACGAAUUCUUUUUGACGCCCUUCUAUGAGACCAUCGAGGGGCAGCCGAGCAACUCCAAAAUAGCCACAACCUAUGAGGAUGUGCCCUCUGCACCGCCGGAUAAUAUACAAAUUGGCAUGUACAAUUUGACUGCUGGAUGGGUGCGCUGGACACCACCGCCGGCUCAGCACCACAAUGGCAAUCUAUAUGGCUACAAAAUUGAGGUCAGUGCUGGCAAUACGAUGAAAGUGCUGGCCAAUAUGACGCUUAAUGCGACGACUACGUCGGUGCUGCUCAACAACCUGACCACCACAGCUGUUUAUAGCGUGCGCCUCAAUGCCUUCACAAAGGCCGGCGACGGACCCUACUCCAAGCCCAAAUCGUUGUAUAUGGAUCCCACGUAUCACGUGCAUCCGCCUCGUGCACAUCCCAGCGGUACACACGAUGGCCGGCAUGAGUCUGGCAAUGAUUUCACGUAUCACACCAACGACAUGGUCAAUACGGAACCCAACAAUUCGAAUCCAACAACGCAUCGCAAAACAACAGGUUUUGCGCAUGGCACCUGGGUGAUGGGACUGGUUAUUAUUAUACUUCUUGUUGUGGUGGUGUCCACAGCAACGGCCAUGGUUUACUUCAAGCGCCGUCAUCAAAUGACCAAGGAGCUGGGGCAUUUGAGUGUUGUGAGUGCUAAUGAGAUAACCGCACUUAAUAUCAACAGCAAGGAGAGCCUGUGGAUUGAUCGGGGCUGGCGAACCACAGACACUGACAAGGACUCGGGGCUAAGCGAAUCGAAGCUGCUCUCGCAUGUGAACAGCAGCCAGUCCAACUAUAACAACUCCGAUGGCGGCACCGACUACGCCGAGGUGGACACCCGCAAUUUAACAACCUUCUACAAUUGUCGCAAGAGUCCCGAUAAUCCCACGCCCUAUGCCACGACCAUGAUAAUUGGCACCUCGUCUAGCGAGACCUGCACCAAGGCCACUUCGCUGAGCGCCGACAAGGAUUCGGGCACACAUUCACCCUACUCGGAUGCAUUUACAGCUCAAGGUACGGCAGCUGCUGCUGCUGCUGCAGCUGCCGCUGCUAGUAAUAAGUCCAACUAUUUGCAAUAUACUACGGAAACGAUUAACUGGUCGGAGUUCUUGCCACCACCACCCGAGCAUCCGCCGCCGCUGUCCUCGAACUAUGGCUAUGCGCAGGGCUCACCUGAAUCCUCGCGCAAGAGCUCCAAAAGCGCCGGCUCUGGCAUAUCCACCAAUCAAAGCAUUCUAAAUGCUUCCAUACACAGCAGCUCUUCGGGCGGCUUCUCGGCUUGGGGCGUUUCACCGCAGUGCGCGGUUGGCUGUCCCCAGGAGAAUUUGUAUAGCAAUCCGUUGAGUGCCGUUGGCGGCACACAGAAUCGCUACCAGAUCACGCCCACCAGCCAACAUCCGCCGCCAUUGCCGCCCUACUUUGCCACUACACCCAGCGCCGGCAACAUACAUAUCCACUACCCCACACAACGGCAUGCCGUCAGCGAGUAUCAGGCUGGUUUGAAUGCGACACGCUGUGGCAACAAUCACCGAGCCUGCAACAGCUGUGAUGCUCUAGCCUCGCCCAUGCAGCCACCUCCACCGUUGCCACCGCCAGCGGAGGGUUGGUAUCAGCCCGUGCAUGCUCACGGCAAUCAGAUGCAGCCGACUGCCUCCAAUCAUCAAAUCUAUCAGUGCUCCUCCGAGUGCUCGGACAAUUCGCGCGCUUCCCACGGUCACAGCAAGAGACAGCAGCAGCAACUCCAUUCGGACAGCAGCGCUGAGCAGAGCAGCAGCAAACGCUCCGGACAACGACGAGUAACAGCAGCACAUCUCGCCCAGCAGCAGCAGCAACAGCAACAGAAUUCCUGUGCAGAGAGUGAGAACGAGAACAUGAUGUCGGGCUAUGAGCUGCAUCAGCGCAAUUAUACAAGCGACUGCUGCAACAGCUCCCGGGAGGGCGACACCUGCUCCUGCAGCGAGGGUUCCUGCCUGUAUGCCGAGGCUGGCGAUCCCGUCGUAUCGUCAGCUCGCCCAAUGACUGCUAAACAUACUUAAACUGGUUGCCAGCAUAAUAGAUGGGAAUAGAACCAUCCCAUCCCAAUUGGAUCUUGCGUAGUAUUAAAUAUAGCAUCUAGUCGUAACAUUUCAUUCAUAUCGAACUUAGCACACGAGAAUACAACACUAGCAUUUUAAAGACAUGUUACUAUAACCACUGUGCUGCGCCCCACAAAACCAAAUACGUACACACUCACUCAACAACAACAGCAGCAGCAGCAGCAGUAACUAUAACUACAACUACAAUCAAGGUGCACAGCUCGUAUUUAGAAUUUGAGACAAUUGUGCGGGCAUUAGAUAUUACACAGAAAUUACAUAGAACUUGAUAUAAAGAUCAGCCCGGCUAAAUGUACUUAAGAAGUGAAUGCUGUAUGAUAUGCUUUCAACAAAAACAAAUCAAAACAAAAACAGAAUGAUAAACUACUAAACACGAAAUACGUACGAACGAUCGAACUCAAAUGAAGAACAGUCAGGCCAUAGCAAGUACAUAAUACAUUAUAUAAAUACCACUUUUGAUAACUGCAUAGUUAGUUAGAUACAAAAUGAUCAUGUAUGCAAAUACAUAGAUUGUUUGGCUAAAUUGGCUGGCCACCUAGUCAUAGGCUUGAAUAGCGUUAGUAACAUGUACUCACAACUCUUUCAUAUCUACGAUCACAAUCGAGCAUUUAUCGCCCUACGUUCCCUGAAUUCGCAUUUACAUACAAACAAUUAAAUAUAAAUAUAAAAAAAACGGAAAGGAUGUUAAACUUAAAGACGAUGACACAGUUGAGAUUGGUUAAGAAUAAUGAACGGCAGUUGCAAUGUUUAAUGGUUAGUGCUUUUCUAUAAAAUGAAAACUUUAAACAAUACAAAAACAAACAAAAAAUACUUAAACUAAAACCGAAUCACAGUAAUACUUCAUAGAUAAUGACUUGACCUAGUGCAUAGUAACACUUAAACACUAUAAUUACUACUUUAUACUUUAAAGGCAGCUUAUGCAUAAGUAGCUAAUGCCAACACUUCGGUGCCAUCGAAGCCAACUUCAUGCCCCCCACACCCACACGCGCUUUUCCGAUCUGUAACACCCCUUAGUAACCCCAAACCCAAAUCUUUUCCCUCCAUCCGUGCGCCUUUGUGUGGGGCUCUCCAUAACGUACAUACAUUUUUACAAGCUUGCAUUUGAAAAAAGUCUAAAAUGUACCUGUGAUAUAUAUAACCCCAUUAAAGUAUUUUAAUAAUUAUUA